AUGUGAUUGCCAUGAUGACAAAAGAAGUGGAGUUAGGGCAAGUCAAAUGUCAUCGAUACUGGCCUGAAUCUCCCUAUGACUCUAAAGACCUGGCUAAUUUCUAUCUCAGGCUACACAAUUACCAGAUUAUGGAAUACUUCAUAAUUAGAAAAAUAGAAAUUAUCAACAAGCAGACAGAAGAAAAGCGCAUUAUAAAUCACUUGCAAUUUAUCACUUGGCCAGAGCACAAUACUUCCAAACUGGCUGAGCAGCUUGUAAAAUUUAUUUGUUACAUGAGAAAAGCUCACAGGACUGGACCUAUUAUUGCUCACUGUAGCACUGGCAUUGGAAGAAGUGGAGUUUUGCUGUGUGUUGAAAUUCUUCUCAGCCAUAUAGAAAAAGAUUUAUGUUUCAACAUCAAGCAGAUAGUGAGAGAUUUGCGAGAUCAGCGUUUUGGCAUGAUCCAAACUAAGGUAAGUUCUAAAUAUGCAACUAGAUUAUUAUUUUUUUUAAAAACCACAAUCAGUGGCACUAUUCCCCAUGCAAUGAUAAAUCUGGGGCUUAAAAUAUCAUUUUAG